GCAACCGUUCAGUGUAUGAACAAUGCUCCAGCCAACCGAAACACCUGGCCAGGGCACUUUCCAUUUGUUUUUCAGGACUCUAGGAAUUUAAGGAGCAGGUGGGACUCUGUAGCAGAGCAGCAUCUCAGACAUGUUGAAAAAGAUGUUUUGAUCCCUAAAAUAAUGAGAGAAAAGGCCCGAGAGAGAUGUUCUGAACAAGUUCAAGAUUUUACCAAAUGUUGCAAGGAAUCUGGAAUGCUUAUGGUAGUAAAAUGCCGGAAAGAAAAUUCUGCAUUAAAAGAAUGUCUAACCUCUUACUAUACUGAUCCUGCUUUUUAUGAAGAAUGUAAAAUGGAAUACCUGAAGGAAAGGGAAGAAUUCAGAAAAACUGGAAUUCCUACCAAGAAAAGGCUACAGAAGCUUCCAACAAGCAUGUAGGCAAAUACUCACAUGAUACUAACUCUAUUCAUGGAAAUCACAAUUACCUAAAAUAAUGGUCUCAAGGAAGUGUGUCUGCUUAUCCUAAAUUAUGGAAAUAUUAAUUUUAUCUGAAAUAAAGUUUUUUUAAAAAAAUUUUAAAGUUAAGUUUAUUAAAUGAGAGAAAUAAAUAGUGAAAUGGGACAUAGUUUGCCUGGUCAUUAUGGAUUUUUCAAAAAUUUUCCACAACUGUAGUUCUACUAAUUUUUAGGAUUCUAUAUAGAUCUUAUCUUACUCUCUAUCAAUGUAAAGUGAAGGCUAAUCAUGGGACCUGAAGUAACUAAAGGAAAACAGGAAUGGACAACCAUCAAAGGUGUUAGUAACUAGAAGUUCAGCAGAGUGAUUAUGAAACAGAAUCCUUCCUUGUUCUCCACUUAUUAGCUAUACAACUGGAAAUAAGUCUCAUACAGUUAUUGUGAGGACCGAGUAGUGUAAGUACAUAGAAUAGAGCCUUGGACAUGGUAAAUGCUCUUUAAUGGCUAGUUAUUGUUAUUAUUACUAAAGGCUUAUUUGGAAAUAUAGAUGGUAGAUAAGUAUGUAAAAAUUAAUUAAUUUUAAGCAUCUUUGAUGAAUAUUUUUCUAAAUGUAUCACUAUAUUCCUUGGCCUGUUAAUUUGGCUACUGAAAAGACUUUAAUCUUUUUUAAGAAAGGUCUUCUUUAUAAACCUAAAUGACCAUUUUAUAACAUAAUAAUGGUUUCUGGAAUGAAUAUAAAAUUUUUCUGUCUCAAUGUAAUAAUAUGGUCCCAGGUUGAGCUUUUAUAUUAAAAGUUGCUCCCCCACCCCCAUGAACUAUCAACUUUACUACAGCUAUUGCAAUCAGUUUCCAGGUAAGUACAUUUUAUAUAUGUUUACAGUUCUCAUUAAAAUCCCAAAUAGAAAUGACUACAAGGACAAGAUUUAAAUUUGUCCCCAACACCACUGAAAUAGAUCUGACAUUUUUAAAGAACUUAAAGAGGACCCUAAAGAACUAGUAGUUAAAGUUCCACACUUUUCUCGAGUGAAUCACUCAAAGAACUAUUUUACUCUUAUUUAAAACCCAAAGAAAACACAUUUUCCCAGGCCACAGAUCAAAAGGAGGGAGAUUACUAGAGCAGAAAAAAGCAAAACAAAUAUAGAAGCCUAGAGGUCACAUAGCAUAGGGUUGGCCUUUUUGUAUUGGUGCAUUUCUUAAAGCACAGGACUAAUUUUUGUUUUUAAUUAAAGGCAAAACAUUUACUUUAAAAAGUUAGUGAAAUAUAUAAUAUGUGGCUAUUUUAUAAUUUUGAUUUGAAUCAGAGUGGCCAACUUCAAUUUUAUAUGGAAAAUUCACUUAGAGAUGCUACUUUCCCGCUAGGUACUAGAUAUUUAAGUUCAUCCUCUUUAUUAUGUCAAAAACUAAACUAUUGGUCAUAGCUUUUAGACUGUCCAUGCUUAUGCACACUGAAGUCUACAUCUACAAUUAUAUACCUGCCUCAGUUCUUGUCUUGCUUGCUCAUUCGUGCCUCUGCUGGUAUUAUUUUGUUGUGACAGUCCACAGAUUUUUCGCCCUCUAAGAUCUACCUUCCCCAAGUAGGCUAUCUGGAUAUGAUCAUUACUUUGUUUUCACAUGAUUCAGUCCCUUAGUUUCUAAGGUUUGAAUUUCCCCCUAUUUUGGUUUUCUAAUGUUUCACAUAGGUGUCCCUGCUCUACUUAUGAAUUAGGUUCCAUUUUGACAGAACCUCAGUUUCCUUUUAGCGAAGAUGUAAAUUUUGUUCUAGCUAAUAGGGGAUCAAGAGGAAGGGAUGCGUGGCUAUUUGUUGUUAGCUGUGUUCUCUUCAUUGGUAUGGAUAUGCAGAAUUGGGAUAUUGUUAUAAAAAUCUGAAGAUAAAGAAAUUUUCAAGGGAAGCUCUUUGGAGCAAGUUUAUAAGCUACAGAUGGGCCAUUCUUUCAUUUCUUUUUGAUCUUACCUAGAACAGAGAUGAUAAAGUAUACAUUUAAAAAUUAAGUAUACAUUAAAAAAAAUUAAGGCUGGGUACAAAUAAUUUUUGGUUAAUCUUUCUUAAGUAAUCUUACACAACAUUUAUUUAGCACUUUAAACUGCCAAGAACAUUAACCACUGACUUUCUGUUUUGAUAGCUACCCUUUUGUUUAGAUGGAAAAGCAUUUUCUCCACUCAAAAGAAGUUAGUUUAACAAGAUAAAUGUCUGUUAUAUGAAUUAAAAUUAACAACAAACAUUUAGUACCAGACCUUGGAAUAUAUAAUCCACAAAUUUCACCUCCACUUCACAUAAAAAUAAUUUUAAUUUCUUUUCAUUGUUCAAAACAUUAUCCAAGCCUUUAUCUCAUACGACUUAUUUUCUUUACAUAGUAAAAUUUCUAAUCUUGGUUUUAAAAAUGGCAAACCAGUCAGCUACAUUAGAGAUUAGAUGUAAUAUACAGCUGCUACAGCCUAUGCAACAACAUGAGAAAUAGUUUCUGCUGCUUUCAUAUUACACAGGUAGUUGCUUCCUUCAGCUAACGCCUGGAGUCUUGUAUUAGUUUUAUGCAUAUUGUGUUUUGUUCUGUUACUUGGCAGGAGAUUCUACUCCCUUGAGUCAGCUGUGUUCAUUGGUCAGAAUAAAUUCCAGAAUCUGACACCAAUUCCAUUAAU